AUGAUGAGACCCUGUCCCACUCCCAAGCACCCUUCCACGAAGAGCCUCUGGCAGGAGCUGGUGAACUGCCAUCCAGAAAGUAAGGGAGUGUCUGACAGAAAAGAUGACAAGCUGCUGUCAUUACUAAAAAUGUACAUUGAUUCCAAAGAUCCUGUGGCUUCUGGGCAGGUAAAAGAUGCUAAAAUACAUCAAGAACAAAAGGAAUUCAGAUGGCUGAGAGACCAUCACUUUGAUAUGAUGAUUAUGAACAUUCCUAAAGGCAAAGUUUCAAUUGUAGAAGUAUUGACACUUCUCAAGAAUAGUAAACUUGAUCUAGAAACACAGACUUUUAAGAAAAUAACAAGAGAACAAUACCAUUUAGAACAGAAAGAUAUAAAUUCCAUUCUCAAAUAUUUUGUUACUUUUGAAGUAAAAAAUAUUCCCUCCUGA